UUUCUCCCUACAUCGGCAGUGCGCGAUUCUUUGAAUAUAUUCAGAAUUCUGUACACGAGUCACAGCUCUGUAAACAAAACGUAUUCUCUCGGAUAACCUAUACUCGAUGACGAACUUUGUGGAUUUUAAUCAGGUCGAGUCCAAGAUGGAGAAAAGCGUAAUAUCUCAGUUUUUCAAUGGCCGAUCCGUAUUCGUCACCGGAAGUACGGGUCUCAUGGGAAAAGUGCUCGUCUGGAAACUGUUGUACAGCUGUCCGGGAAUAAAAAACAUUUUUGUGUUGAUAAGAUCGAAAAGAGGCAAGUCUGCUCUUUUGCGAUACCAGGAAAUCAUAAAAGCGCCGUUGUUUGACUCCAUUAGGAAAACGAACAAAUCGUUGUUGUCCAAGCUGCAAGUGGUGUGCGGCGAUGUGGGUCUGGACGGACUGGGCAUCACACAGGAAAUGAAGGAAAGGCUCAUAUCGGAAGUGUCGAUUGUUUUUCACGGAGCGGCCACGUUGAACUUGGACGCGUCACUGACCGAGGCCAUAAACUUGAACACGAGCGGAACGCUACGCAUGCUCGAAUUAUGCUCCGAAAUGAAAAAUUUAGAGGCUUUCGUACAUUUCUCCACGGCGUUUUGUCACGUAGACCUAGACACGUUGGACGAGGAAGUGCACAAAUCGACUUUCGACGCAUACAACAUAAUGAGGUUACCGUCUUGGCUCAACGAAAACUCCAUCAAGAUGGUCACGCCUCACUUGAUAAGUCCACAUCCGAACACUUACACGUUUUCUAAACGCCUGGCCGAAGACGUUGUCGGCGACUUUUAUCCCCAGCUUCCGGUCGUCAUCGCAAGGCCUUCAAUAGUGACGCCAGCGCUCAAAGAACCUCUGCCCGGCUGGGUGGAUAAUCUCAACGGACCCACAGGAAUAUUGGCCGCGGGCGGCAAAGGCGUACUCCGGUCCAUACUUUGCAAUUCGGAAUAUACCGCCGAAGCCGUGCCGGUGGACUUUGCAAUAAACGCCGUGAUCGUGAUCGCGUGGAAAACGGCAAUUUCCAAACAAAAGACCAACGUUGUCCCCGUGUACAAUUUGACUCAGCACAACCUGAACCCAAUUACUUGGGAUGCAGUUAUGUCCAAAGGCAGAGAAGAGACGAUGAAAAACCCGUUCGAGCUCAUGUUGUGGUAUCCCACCGGGUCGCUUACAUCAAACCGAUUCAUUCACACUUACAAAGUGAUAUGUUACCACUGGAUACCAGCCUACCUUAUCGACAGCAUUUUGUUUUUGCUCGGCCAAAAGCGUUUUAUGAUCAGAGUUCAGCAGAAGAUAUCGGACGGCCUUCGCGUCCUCCAAUAUUUCACGUUGCGCAAUUGGGACUUCACAAACGACCGACUGUUGGCACUCCGGGAUAGCCUGUCCGAAGUGGACCGGAAAACGUUCAGCAUAGAUUUCGAGAAAAUGGACAUGGACGUUUAUUUCAGGAAUUGUAUUCUGGGCGCCCGUCAGUACUGCCUGAAGGAAGACCCUGCGUCCAUACCCAAGGCCAGGAAAACCCUGAAAGUACUUUACGUGUUGGACUUGGUGGUGAUAUACCUGAAGUACGCUCUCGUCGCCUGGUUGCUGUACAAGGUGUACAAUACAUUUUCUGCGGUCGUGUAGGUCUCGACGAUGUUUUCUCGCGUGGUACAUUAUUAUGAUUAUUAUUAUUAUUACCUUAUUACCUGUAAUUUUAUAAUUAUUUGACAUAUCAUUCCCCGUAUUAUUAUGGUCUUCCUGCAAAUAUCCGCGUUAGGGUUGUUAUUUUCCUAUUUAUUGUUGGUCAAACGGAACUAUCAGCUAUAUAUAAUAAUAUUAUUAUUCGCUGCACCGACGCACCACCAUUAUAUAUUUUGGUACCACCUACUCCGUCCGUGGGGUAAAAAAAUUUAAGUAAGAACUGCAACUAGAACUGCAGUGUCAUACGUGUGUUGACGUUUUCAAAACGACAGCCCUCUUGGCGUUUGUGCUGCACUGCUGCGUGUUGCGACGUGUACGUGCCGUAGGGGGUGAGUUUAUAUUAUUAUCAUGUCGUUCAGUUGUUGUAAUUGACACUUACCAGUCUUCGGCGGGUCACUUACGAUAAUAUGGUACAAUCGACAUCGUCGUUCGAACAUAAUUUUAAUAAAAUUUCUACCCACAGCGUGUGCCUGAUAUAAUAUUAAAUAUCAUUUUUUCAACAACCGCUUUACUGACGACAUAGGAUAUUACGAAUGAAUAUAAUUCAAGCUCUCAUCAUAUUAGUUUAGGGACGUAUAUAGUUACGCGUAGUCUUAGGACAUAAAAUCGAGUAAUAAAAUGUAGAGAUAUCUUAGGCAUUAUAGGCGCACAAAAUUCUUCACAGACAAUAUCUCAGUUCAAAAUGGUUCGCGAAUUAGUUUAUCGCUAAGGGGAUAACGUCCUGCAAAAAUAUCUCCAACGCACACUCGUUUUGUUACUAAAAACUUAACUUUCAUUUUCAAUCAAAAUAUGUAAAUAAAUAGUGGUUAUUGUAAUGUAGGUAUACUACCUAUACAAUAUACAUAUUAUGUCAUCGUGCAAUUAUAUUUUCGGCAAUAACAUAAGUCAUGGAAGGAGUAACGGGUGGUAUGUAUAAUGGAGCGUUGGGUUAUUUAAUAAUAUAAUAUAUAAUACCUACUCUUUUUUACAAGAGAUUUUUUUUUACCUACUCGAAAUGUUAUUAAAAUGAGUAAUGUCUUAGAGAUAUAUUUGUUAUUAUUUUUUAUUGUUAUUAUUAGGUUUAUAAUUAUAAGUACUAUUAAGUAUUAUUAUAUUUUGUUUUAAAUUUUUUUUUCUCACAUUUUUGUCGAAAAUUAUAAGGAUUUAUUGAUA